AUGUUUAACAAAAAUUUUUCAAAACGUCCUUAUUAUGAAAUUAAUUCAGACUUAGAAGAGAACACUUCUAAUGAAGAACUCAACUUAGAUAAAGAAAGUAAUGGAUUUUCAGAAAAAUCAAAUUCUAUUUUAAGCUCACUAGACGAAAAUGAUAAAAAAAAUGAAAGUGCUGUGUGGGACUAUUUUGAUAAAUUUGUAGAUAAUAAAG